UCAACAGUGAGGAUGUUGUCUCUACGCGGCUGUACUUUGUGAACGCCUCCCUGCAGCGGCUGACCUUCUCCAGCUCGGUGGGGGUGUCCCUGCCCUGCCCUGCGGGCGGCGCACCCCAUGCCAUCCUGCGCUGGUACCUGGCCGCCGGAGACGACAUUUACGACGUGCCCCAUAUACGCCAUGUGCAUGCCAAUGGCACGCUCCAGCUCUACCCCUUCUCCCCCUCCGCCUAUAACAGCAUUAUCCACGACAACGAGUACUUCUGCACUGCUGAGAACCAAGCAGGCAAGAUUCGUAGCCCCAGCAUCCACAUCAAAGCAGUGUUCAGGGAGCCCUACACAGUCCGUGUGGCCGACCAGCGCUCCAUGCGGGGUAAUGUCGCCGUGUUCAAGUGCCUCAUCCCCUCAGCUGUCCAGGAGUACGUCAGCGUUGUGUCCUGGGAGAAAGACACCGUCUCCAUCGUCCCAGGUAACCGUUUCUUCCUGACCUCAUUUGGCGCUCUGUACAUCUCAGAAGUGCAGAAGGAAGAUGCUCUGUCCACCUACCGCUGCAUCACAAAGCAUAAGUACAGUGGAGAGACUCGCCAGAGCAAUGGAGCCAGGCUCUCUGUUAUGGACCCUACGGAGUCCACCCCGUCAGUGCUGGACAGUUUCCAGUCCGGUGAGGUGCAGGUGGGGCACAGUGUUGAGCUGCCCUGCAUCGCAUCAGGAUAUCCAAACCCCGCCAUUCGAUGGCUAAAGGAUGGUCGGCCAUUACCGGCAGACUCCCGCUGGACGCGACGCAUCACUGGGCUUACCAUUUCCGACUUGAGGCUCGAGGAUAGUGGAAACUACAUUUGUGAGGUCACCAACAGUUUUGGCUCCAAAGAGGUGACAGGUCACCUCAACAUCAUAGAGCCACUGCGGGUCACCUUGUCUCCCAAGAACCUGAAGACGGGAAUCAGCAGUACAGUCAUCCUAUCCUGUGCCGUCCAGGGUUCCCCCCACUUUAUUGUUUCCUGGUACCGUAACACAGAACCUGUCCUGCCCGAUCAGCACUUUUCCAUCCAGGGGGCUCACAAUGAGACAUUGUUCAUUUCUGCAGCACAAAAGAGACACUCAGGAGCUUACCAGUGCUUUGCCACGCGCAAGGGCCAGACUGCCCAGGACUUCUCCAUCAUACUGCUGGAAGAUGGUACACCCCGUAUUGUUGCCUCCUUCAGCGAAAGGGUGGUGGUCCUGGGUGAACCGUUUUCCCUGAUGUGCGCCGCCAAAGGAGCGCCUCCACCCACCAUCACCUGGACACUGGACGACGAGCCUGUGGCCCGGGACCUAUCACGUGUCAGAGCCAGCCAAUACACACUGUCCGAUGGCAGCACAGUGAGCCAUGUCAACGUCAGCAGCCCGCAGAUUCGCGAUGGAGGAGUGUAUCGGUGCGCCGCACGAAACUCGGCCGGUAGCGCCGAGUACCAAGCGCGCAUAAACGUAAGAGGUCCUCCGAGGAUUCGGCCUAUGAAGAACAUAACUGCAGUGGCAGGAAGAAACACUUUCAUAAACUGCCGUGUGAUUGGGUACCCUUAUUACUCAAUCAACUGGUACAAGGAGGGGCUUCUGCUGCCUGACAACCAUCGCCAGGUGGUGUAUGAGAAUGGCACUCUGAAGCUCAGCGAUGUUCAGAAGGGGAUGGACGAGGGGGCAUAUGUCUGCAGUGUGCUCAUCCAACCGCAGCAGUUCAUCACGCAGACUGUCUAUGUUACUGUCAAAGUUCCUCCACUGAUUCAGCCCUUUGACUUUCCACCGACUUCCAUCGGGAAAUUGAUGUACAUCGCCUGCGUGGUGUCAUCUGGAGACAUGCCCAUACGUAUCACGUGGCGGAAGGACGGGCAGGAGAUCGUGCCCUCAUCGGGAAUCACCAUCGACACAAAGGAGUUUAUGAGCUCCCUCCAGAUAUCCAAAGUGUCGCUCAAACACAAUGGAAACUACACUUGCAUUGCCAGCAAUGAUGCUGCCACUGUCAGCACAGAGAGGCAGCUCACUGUUACAGUGCCUCCUCGAUUUGUGGUUCAGCCCAACAACCAGGAUGGGAUCUAUGGGAAAGCAGGAAUCCUAAAUUGUUCAGUAGAUGGAUACCCUCCUCCCAAGGUCAUGUGGAAGCAUGCCAAAGGUACACUAGCGGGUAUUGGGAAUCCACAGCAAUACCACCCUGUGCCUCUGACUGGCCGUAUCCAGAUUGUGAGUAACGGAUCUCUACUCAUCAGACAUGUCCUGGAAGAAGAUCGUGGCUUCUACCUAUGUCAAGCCUCCAAUGGUGUGGGCUCAGACAUCAGCAAGAGCAUGGUCCUCACUGUCAAGAUCCCAGCAAUGAUCACCAGUCACCCCAACACUACCAUGGCAAAGAAGGGCCACGUGAAGGAGCUGAACUGCACAGCCAGGGGAGAAUGGCCCAUCAUCAUCCGCUGGGAGCGAGGGGACACGGUCAUUGACCCUGACCGCAACCCCCGGUACUCCAUUACCACAAGUCCCAAUGAGAAGACAGACGAGGUGUUGUCUACACUCAAGCUAAAGCCAGCGGAGCGUGAGGAUUCAGUGUUCUUCUCUUGUCAUGCCAUCAACUCUUACGGAGAAGGACGAGGCUUGAUCCAGCUCACUGUGCAAGAGCCUCCAGACCCUCCAGAGUUGGAGGUGCGAGAAGUGAAAGAUCGCAGUAUGAACCUCCGGUGGACACAGAGAUUUGACGGAAACAGCGUCAUUACCUCUUACGAUAUUGAGUAUAAGAACAAGACAGAUUCAUGGGAGCUGAAGCAUGCCACACGAAACAUCUCCCCCACAAACAAUCAGGCCAACAUAGUAGACCUUCACCCUGCAUCUGUCUACAGCAUCCGCAUGUACUCCUACAACUCUAUAGGCAAGAGUGAGGCCAGUAAGGAACUCACCAUCAGCACAGAGGAAGCACAGCCUGAUGGUCCUCCCAUGGAUGUGAUCCUACAACCAGUGACCUCUCAGAGUAUCAGGGUCACCUGGAAGGCUCCCAGGAAGGAGCUGCAGAAUGGGGUGAUCCGGGGUUACCAGAUCGGUUACAGAGAGAACGGCCCAGGCAGUAACGGCCAGUACAGCAUUGUGGAAAUGAAGGCCACUGGAGACAGUGAGGUCUACACCCUGGAUAAUCUGAAGAAGUUUGCCCAGUAUGGUGUGGUUGUCCAGGCCUUCAACAGAGCUGGCACAGGGCCCUCUAGCUCAGAGAUCAAUGCUACAACAUUGGAAGAUGUGCCUAGUCAGCCUCCUCAGAAUGUGCGAGCCAUCUCUGUGACAUCAGACGAGGCAGUCAUCACAUGGGCUGAGCCUCCCAGGAUGACACUGCAUGGUGUAUUGAAGGGAUAUCGCGUCGUGUUCUGGGCCGUUUUUCCGGACGGAGAAUGGGGUGAAAUGCAAAACAUCACGACCACCAAGGAGCAGGUGGAGCUCAGAGGGCUGGAGAAGUUCACCAACUACAGCAUCCAGGUGCUGGCCUACACCCAGGCUGGAGACGGGGUCCGUAGCAACGUCCUGUAUAUCCAAACCCGUGAAGAUUACCCCGGACCCCCAGCUGGCAUCAAAGCUGUGCCCUCCUCCGCCAGCAGUGUCGUGGUGUCCUGGUUACCCCCUCACAAGCCAAAUGGAAUCAUCCGCAAGUACACCAUCUACUGCUCCAGCCCUGGGUCAGGCCAACCGCUGCCCAGCGAGUAUGAAGCCAAUCCAGAGCUGCUGUUCUACCGAAUCACUCACCUCAACCACAGGCAGCAGUACUUGAUCUGGGCUGCAGCUGUUACCACUGCAGGCCGAGGUAACUUCAGUGACAAGGUCACUGUGGAGCCAGCGGCCAAGGCCCCUGCUAAGAUCCUGUCAUUUGGGGGUACAGUGACCACUCCUUGGAUGAAGGAGGUGCGACUUCCCUGUAGCUCAGUAGGAGAACCUACACCUACUAUAAAAUGGACCAAAGACAGUGAGGACACAGCCAUCCCAGUGUCUCUAGAUGGACAGCGUCUCAUUCUGGCCAAUGGGACACUGGUGCUGCGCUCUGUCAAAGCUGAAGAUUCUGGUUACUACACCUGCACGGCCACUAACACACUGGGCUUUGACACUAUCAUAGUUAACCUUUUAGUACAAGUCCCUCCAGACCAGCCCCGUCUAACCGUCUCCACCACCUCGACCUCCUCCAUCACUCUGGCGUGGAUACCAGGAGACAACGGAGGCAGCUCUAUCAGAGGUUUUGUUCUGCAGUACUCUGUGGACAACACAGAGGAAUGGAAAGAUGUUUUCAUCAGUUCUAGUGAGCGCUCCUUCAAAUUGGAUAACCUGCGUUGUGGCACCUGGUAUAAAGUUAAGCUGGCUGCAAAGAACAGUGUUGGAGCCGGACGCAUCAGUGAGAUCAUUGAGGCAAAGACCCACGGACGAGAACCCCAGUUCAACAAAGAUCAGCCGGUCUUUACCCAUAUUAACUCCAGCCACGCCCGCCUCAACCUGCAGGGUUGGGCCAGUGGAGGCUGUCCAAUCAGCGCUGUCACACUGGAGUUUAGACCAAAAGGGACAUGGGCAUGGCAGAAUGUCCGUACCAAUGCCACCACAGAUGUGUUCCUGGCAGAGCUGCGUGAGGCAACCUGGUAUGAGUUGAAGAUGAAAGCCUGUAACAGCGCUGGCUGUGGAAACCAGAGCUCCCAAUUUGCAACACUGGACUAUGAUGGCAGCACAAUUCCACCAAUCAAAUCCCCCCUGGAAAAGAAUGACGAUGUCAAGAAGCUGUUUUCUAUUGGCUCUCCUGUGAUCUUAGUCACUCUGGGUGUUGCGCUGCUCUUCAUCAUUCGCAAGAAACGCAAGGAAAAGAGACUAAAGAGACUAAGAGAUGCCAAAAGCCUGGCAGAGAUGCUGAUCAGUAAAAACAACCGCAGCUUUGACACCCCAGUGAAGGGACCUCCUCAGGGCCCACGAUUACACAUUGACAUACCCAGAGUGCAGCUGCUAAUUGAGGACAAAGAAGGCAUCAAGCAAAUCGGUGAGGAUAAAGCCACUAUCCCUGUGACAGACACAGAGUUCAACCAAACUGGGAACCCUCAGAGCUUUUGCACAGGUGUGUCUGUCCAUCACCCUGCCCUCAUCCAGAACACCGGCCCUUUGAUUGACAUGUCAGACAUCAGACCAGGAACCAACCCAGUGUCAAGGAAGAGUGUUAAAUCAGCACAUAGCAUCAGGAACCGCUACUCCAGUCAGUGGACUCUGACCAAGUGCCAGGCCUCCACGCCAGCCCGUACUCUCACCUCAGACUGGCGCACAGUUGGCUCCCAGCAUGGCAUCACUGUCACAGAGAGUGACAGCUACAGUGCCAGCCUCUCACAGGACACAGAUAAAGGUCGCAACAGCAUGGUGUCGACAGAGAGCGCCUCCUCCACCUACGAGGAGUUGGCAAGAGCAUAUGAGCAUGCCAAGCUAGAGGAACACCUGCAGCAUGCCAAAUUUGAGAUUACUGAGUGCUUUAUUUCUGACAGCUCAUCUGAUCAGAUGACCACAGGUACCAAUGACAAUGCAGACAGCAUGACGUCCAUGAGCACACCGUCAGAGCCCGGUAUCUGCCGUUUCACUGCCUCGCCACCCAAGCCCCAGGACUAUGAUCGUGGCAAGAAUGUAGCUGUGCCCAUUCCACACCGCGCCAAGAGUGACUACUGCAACCUACCCCUCUACAUGAAGUCAGAUCCCUUCUUCCGAAAGCAGUCGGAGCAUCAUGACCCAUGUCCAGUGGUUCCACCACGUGAAGCCUCUAUUCGUGGCCUGGCCCAGCGGGCAUACCAUACCCAGGGCCGUCAUGUGACUAUGGACUCAAAGCAGCAGGCCCUAAGUAUGGGCCACUCUGGCCUGUCCAACCUCACUUCCUCUGGGGCUUCCUCAGGAGCAGCAGGAGGCGGUGGGAGUGGGAGUGGAGGGGCGUCUAUUUGUUCUAGCAGCUCCACACUUCCCCAGAGGACUCUCACCAUGCCCGGCUCCUCUGCCUCAGUGGCCCAGAGUGCAGCGGCAGCUGCUGCAGCUACAGCUGCGGCUGCUGGGGCAUCAUCAUCCUCCGGUGGAGGUGGGGUAGCUGGGGCCACAGGAGGGACUCCUGGAGGUGCCUCCUCAUCCUCCUCCAAGAUGGGAGGAUCCAGAGACUCUCUCCUGGAGAGCAGCUCCUCGGGUUUAGGCAGACUACAGAAGCAGAGGGAUGGAGGGGCAGGGGCCUACUCCAAGUCAUACACACUGGUGUAGCCUGCCAUCACUGCGGCCUGUCACUGUAACUCUUAAUAGAAUGCUGAUCAAGCCAGCGCUUGCCUGGAACCUCUAUGGAAAAGUGGGGUUAGGAACAUACAUGUGCACAGAUGACCCGUCAGUGCCUGCACUGUGCCAGGCUACAGGGGGCUGGUUGGGUUCCCAUUGACACUACUAUAUGAAGGGGUCAGAGUUGGGUCUCCACAGCACAGGGGUUUGCCUUUCUUUCUGCCUGACUGCUUUCUAUUAUUAUUGUGUCAUCUUUAUCUCUUAUUUCAUCACCCUGGAAAUCACUUGCCAAAACACAAAUGAUUUAUCUGUUCACUUCAUAUUUUCAUUUUUGGGUAAGGACACAGUACUUAUGCACAAAAUGGCUUUCCAUGUGCACUGUCUUGUUUUCUGGAUCAAGACA